AUGGUGUCAAAUGCUUUGUAUUCAGUGAUAAAUCUUGAUAUAUCUCAAAUGGAUUACAGUGAUGAUGAAGAAACAACGAAAACAGCUCAUCAUAAUAUUACUGUGGAGUUGAAAGAGAUCGCAUGUUCUCCAAUUCCAAAUAUUUGUUCUUAUGGAAUUAAACAUUUUCAAGAACUUAUCGAUACAAAAAGAUAUAAUAGAGAUGAAUAUAUGGAAAAUAUAAAUAAAUCAAUAAUUGGUCAUGAAUAUACGAAUGAAGAAUUUGAAGAUAUUGUUGAAAAAUUAGAAGCAUCUCGUGGUUAUACAAAACAAGGCAUAGUUGAUCAUUUAAAAAAAAUAGAAAAACAUCAUGGUUAUAAUAAAUCACAAAUGACAAAAAUACUAGAAAAACUUAAUGAAGCUGAUCAAUAUGCAAUAUUACAUUAUGCAACUACAUUUAAUAAUGUUCCUUUUUGUCAAAUUAUUAUCGAAAAUUAUGGUUGUCAUGUUAAUUUAAUUGGUUGGGAUGGUGAAACACCACUUCAUAUUGCUGCUCGUCUAACAGAUAUUAACAAACCAAAUCAAACUAUUGAUUCUUCUAUUUUAUUAUAUUUAUUAAAUCAAUCAAAAGUUAAUAAAGACAUUCGAGACAGUGAAGGACGAACACCUUUACAUCUUGCUAUUAUGUAUAAUUGUUAUGAAAAUGCAAAGUAUCUUAUCUCAUCUGGAGUUAAAUGUGAUAUUGGUGAUAUUCAAGGAGCUAUUCCUCUUCAUUAUGCUUGUCGUUUUCACCCAAAUAUUGAUUUAAUAAGAUUGUUUUUGAAUGAACCAAAAUUAUUUGAAUGUGAAACAAAAGAUAAAAAACGACCGAUUGAUAUCGCAGCUGAAUAUGGAAAUCUUGAUAUUCUUAAACAUUUUUUUGAGAUUGAAGAAUUAAGAAUAAUUAAUAGAAAUGAUAUUAAAAAAGGAACGGCGACAUUAAUAAAUGCUGCUGUUCGCCAUCGAGAAGAUGAAGUUUUAUCGUUUUUAAAAAGACAAUAUCAACAUAUACUUCAUCCUCAUUUAAAUACACUUCAUUUUGCUUGUCGCCAAUUACAUGGACAUAAAAUGGUUUCGCAUCUUAUUAAUAAACAUAGUAUUAUGUAUCAAGAUAAAUAUACUGGAUCUAGUCCAUUAAUGAUUGCUAUUCAACAUCGUCAAAUUGAAUGUGUUAAAGAAUUACUUUCUCAUAAAGAAUGUACACAAAAUGUUAUUGAUUUAGUUAGUUAUAUUACAUUAAGAACAGCAUUUCAUUUUUGUGCAGAAGCAAAUGAAAAAGAAAUAACAAAACUAUUAUGUCAAGCUCAUUAUAUGACUAAAAUACUUGUACUUGCUGUUGAUAUAUUAGGUGAUACUCCUCUUCAUAUUUGUGCAAAAGUUGGUAAUGCAUUUAUGAUCAAAAUAUUAUUAGAUUAUAUUAAACAAAUAUCUUCUUCAAUGAAUAUUAUUUCAUAUUCAUCAACAUCCUCAAAUAUAAAGAAUCUAAAUAAUAACAAUCGAAUACCAUUGAAAUUAUUAAGUGAUAAACAUUCUGAUAUUAAUAGACAAAUCUCUACAAAUGAAUAUAUUUAUACAAUAUUGAAUAAAAAGAAUAAAAAUAAACAUACACCACUUCAUGUAGCUAUUUAUAAUGGAAAUUUAAAUGUUAUCAAAGAAAUACUUAAAUAUUCUCACCAGUCUGUGGUCAAUGCAUGUGAUGGUCAAAAACGUACAAGUUUACAUAUGGCCGCAGAAAAAGGUCAUGCUGAUAUUUUAAGAAUACUUUUGGAACAUGAUGGUGAUGCUCAUGCAUGUGAUAUAAAUGAUUGGACACCAUUACAUGAUGCAUCACGAUGUAGUAUUCAUCAAGAUGAUAAUAAAGAACGAACUGAAUGCAUUGAAAUACUUGUUAAUUAUGGUAAAGCUAAUAUAAAUGCAUUAAAUAUUCGUCGAGAAACACCAUUACAUAUUGCAUGUGAAUAUGGUUCAAAAAAAUUAAUUAAACGUUUACGUAAAUUUGGCGCUGAUCUUUUUGCAACAAAUGUUCAAGGUUAUAAUUGUCUUGAAGUAGCUAUUGUACAACAAAAUGAAGAUGUUGUUAAAUAUUUACUUGACGAUGAAAAUGGAUUUGAUUUAAUGCGUAAUGCACAAAUUCAUGAAAAACCUAGUAGUUGGCGUUCUUUAUUUGGUAAAAGAUAUAAAGUUGAUACACCAAUGCGUAAACUUAUUCGUAAAAUGCCUAAAAUGGCUUUAUAUAUGCUUAAUAAAUGUUCAAUGACAGUUGGUCAGAGUGGAACAAGCGUCUUUAAAAUGAUUCUGGUUUUUGAACUUCUUGAAGAUCAAUAUACUGUUAAAGAUUGGGAAGAAGGUAAUUUUGGAGUUCAUAAAGAAUCUAUAGAAUCUCUAAGUACGUUAUAUACUUCAAAUAAAGUUGAUCUUGUAAGAAAUCAUCCCUUAUUUAUGAUGGAAUCUUGUGAAGUACCUGAUCUUAUGUCACAUCCAGUUAGUUCUUAUCUGAUUAAAGAAAAAUUUCAUAAAUUUGGUAUUUUUAUUUUUGGCUUAUUUGUUUUAUUAUAUCUUAUAUAUCUUAGUUUAUUUACAACAAUUAUAUUACGUACAAAAGAUCCAUCAAUAUAUUAUAAUCAAACAAAUAUUUCUAAUUUUGAUAAUUCAUUAUGUUUUAAUGUUUCACAAAUAUUAAAUAAAAAUUUAUUAGAUAUAAGUGGAAGAAAAACAACAAUUGAUUUUAUAUUAAAAUAUUUCUUUUAUAUUAUUAUUUGGCUACAUAUUUUGAAAAAUAUUUUAAUAAUUAUUGAAAUUAUACAAAUUAGUUUUAUUAAAACUUGGGCAAAUUGGUCAGAAAUGAUUGCCGUUAUAUUAAGUUUUUUAUUUAUUUAUGAUAAAACUUAUCAAAUGAAUCUAACAUUUCGUUGUCCAUAUCAAUGGCAAUAUGGAGCAAUUUCUUUACUUUUUAGUUGGAUAUGUUUACUUCAUUAUAUUCAAUUUAUACCUAUUAUUGGAAUUUAUGUUUCUGUACUUUGGGUUAUUUGUAAAAAAUUUAUGAAAUUUUUGAUUGUUUUAAUCAUUUUAAUUAGUGGAUUCAGUUUUACUUUUUAUAUGAUUUUUAAUAAUUUUAAUGAAUUUAAUAAUGUUGGUUUAUCUUAUCUCAAAACAGCAUUAAUGUUAACAGGAGAAAUGACUUAUGAAGAUCAAAUGUAUAAUAAUGAUACAAUUGCAUAUUAUAAACUUGGACAUUUUAUUUAUUUAAUAUUUGCUGUUUUAAUGAGUAUUUUAGUUACAAAUCUUCUUAUUGGUUUAGCAGUAGGUGAUAUUCCACCAUUAAUGAAACAAGCCAAAGAUGAACGAAAUAAAUUAUUUUUUGAGCUUGUUGCUAAUUUUGAAAUUCUUCGUUAUCAUUUAUCAUCAUUAUUUCUUUGGUAUUAUAAAUCUAAUAAUGAUACGAUUAAUUAUACUUUUCAAGAUUUAAAUCAAAAAACGAAAUUUCAACAAUUAACAUAUUGGUUAUCAAAAUUUCUUUUAGGUUCAACAAAUAAAAAUAAUGAAUUAAUUUCAAAUGCUUAUGAUCAUAUUAAACAACAAACUUUAAUCUUACGAAAUCUUAGAAAAUAA